AUGGCUGUCGGCCGCGAGAAUGGAACCCACGGCAACGGCCAGCUAAAUGGGGACAACGAGCACGCGAUCCAGUACAUCCCGCUCUCCUACGACAGCACCAAUUCCGAAGACUCGGCCCGGCGCCUGGUGCUGGCCAUCCGACCGGACUGGGCGUCAUCGGCCGACGCCAACCUGCAGUUUGUCCGCUUCACCGACGGCAUCACCAACACGCUGCUCAAGGCGGUCAACAAGCGGGCCGGCCUGUCCAAGCACGAGGUCGAUAGCGAGGCCAUCCUCUUGCGCGCCUACGGCACUGGCACCGACGUGCUCAUCGACCGCCACCGCGAAACCCAAAACCACGAGCUGCUCAUGCGCCACGGCCUGGCCCCGGAACUGCUCGCCCGCUUCGAGAACGGCAUGAUGUACCGCUUCAUCCAGGGCGCCGUCACCCAGCCCGAGGACCUGCGCAAGCCCGACAUCUACCGCGCCGUCGCUCGUCGCCUGGCCGAGUGGCAUGCCACGGUACCCUGUAUUGCGGGACGCACCGGCCACAGCCGCAAGGGCUCGCGCGUCGAUCUGUCGAACCUGGGGUCGUCGUCGUCGUUGAACGGCUCGAGCUCGGCCCUGGAUAGCGCCCUGGGCGAUGCUGAGUUUCAGCUUGCCCUCGACGGCGUGGCCCCCGGGAAGCCACCCCCGAACGUGUGGACGGUGAUGCAGAAGUGGAUCUUUGCGCUGCCUACGGACACAGAAGAGCAGCGGGCCCGGCAGGCCGAGCUGCAGCGCGAGCUUAAGUCGCUCGUCUCGGAGCUUAGCCAGCGUCCGGGGCUCGGCGUCAAUGGGCUCGUCUUCGCACACUGCGACCUCCUCAGCGGGAACGUCAUCGUGCUGCCCAAAUCCCAACUCGCGACCGAUAAAACCUCCGACCCGACCGUCACCUUCAUCGACUACGAAUACGCGACCCCGUCCCCCGCCGCCUUCGACCUCGCCAACCACUUCGCCGAAUGGGGCGGUUUCGACUGCGACUUCAGCGUGCUCCCGACCCGCACCCAGCGUCGCGAGUUCAUAUCCGAGUACAUCGAGUCGUACUACACCAUCCUCCGGAAACGCCAGCCCACCAACGCCAAAGUUGCGGCUGUGAACAAGGCUGCUGAGGUUGAAACGCUGCAGCAGGAAGUCGACCAGUUUCGUGGUGUGCCCGGGUUUUACUGGGGUAUCUGGGCCCUGAUCCAGGCGACUAUUUCGGAGAUUGACUUUGACUAUGCCUCGUAUGCCGAGACGCGGCUGGGGGAGUAUUAUGCCUGGCGUGAGGAGGUAACGGGGAAGCGGGAGCGGGAGGGCCGCGAGUUGCCGCUGCGGGAGAGGCGGUGGGCGCAGGAGGAGUAG